AUGUGCCACCCUCCAUGUUGCCUUCCCCUUAAUUUUAUUAAUUAUGAUCUGCUCUCAGAUUCCUCAUUGUGCCAUCCUCCAUGUUGCCUUCCCCUUAAUUUCAUUUAUUAUGAUCUGCUCUCCGAUUCCUUAAUGUGCCAUCCUCCAUUUUGCCUUCCCCUUAAUUUUAUUCAUUAUGAUCGGCUCUUAGAUUACUCAAUGUGCCAUCCUCCAUUUUGCCUUCCCCUUAAUUUCAUUUAUUAUGAUCUGCUCUCAGAUUCCUCAAUGUGGAUUCCUCCAUGUUGCCUUCCCCUUAAUUGCAUUCAUUAUGAUCUGCUCUCCGGUUACUCAAUGUGCCAUCCUCCAUGUUGCCUUCCGCUUAAUUUUAGUUAUUAUGAUCUGCUCUCCGAUUCCUCAAUGUACCAUCCUCCAUGUUGCCUUCCGCUUAAUUGCAUUCAUUAUGAUCUGCUCUCCGGUCCCUCAAUGUGCCAUCCUCCAUGUUGCCUUCCCCUUAAUUUCAUUUAUUAUGAUCUGGUCUCCGAUUCCUCAAUGUGCCAUCCUCCAUGUUGCCUUCCCCUUAAUUGCAUUCAUUAUGAUCUGCUCUCCGAUUCCUCAAUGUGCCAUCCUCCAUGGAGCCUUCCCCUUAAUUUUAUUUAUUAUGAUCUGCUCUCCGAUUCCUCAAUGUGCCGUCCUCCAUGUUGCCUUCCCUUUAAUUUCAUUUAUUAUGAUCUGGUCUCCGAUUCCUCAAUGUGCCAUCCUCCAUGUUGCCUUCCGCUUAAUUUCAUUUAUUAUGAUCUGCUCUCCGAUUCAUCAAUGUGCAAUCCUCCAUGGUGCCUUCCCCUUAAUUUUAUUUAUUAUGAUCUGCUCUCCGAUUCCUCAAUGUGCCAUCCUCCAUGUUGCCUUCCGCUUAAUUUCAUUUAUUAUGAUCUGGUCUCCGAUUCAUCAAUGUGCCAUCCUCCAUGGUGCCUUAAUUUUAAUUUUAUUCAUUAUGAUCUGCCUUCUCCGAUUCCUCAAUGUGCCAUCCUCCAUGUUGCCUUCCCUUAA